AUGGAUUCAUCGGUAGUUUAUUUAAGUAAUUCCCUGGUGGAGGUUACUUCUAUUGAUCUAGUUAACAAUACUGAAGAACGUUGUGAUGCUUGGAAAUUCUCAUUAAUUGGUCGCUUAGAUUUAUCUAGAUUAAAAUUUUCAGAUGUUACUGUAUCGUUGAAGAAUCAGUGGAAAUUAAAGGGUCAAUGUAAGAUGAUUCCCCUGGGGAAAGGUUUCUUUACAAUCAAACUUGAUAGUGAAAUCGAUAAAAUGACUAUUAAAAGUGGUAAGUGGGAAGUUUAUAAUCAAGUACUUUGGAUUAGAAAUUGGAUCCCAGAUUUUCGUCCAGAGAACCACAGAACAUCAGCUGCUAUGAUUUGGGUUCAUCUUCCUGGUUUGAGUUUGGAGUAUUGGGAUGAGAAGACACUUUUUACAAUAUGCAGAGCUCUAGGAACUCCAGUUAAAGUUGAUGAAGCUACAUUGAAUUAUGAUAAUGGUUAUUAUGCAAGAGUUUUAGUGAAUAUUUAUUUUGCAAACAAAAUUCCAAACAAAUUAUGGAUUAAAACUAAGUUUGGUGGAUUUAUGCAUAAUGUGAUCUUAAUAAAGCCUCCCAAAUUUUGUGAUCACUGUAAGAUUGUAGGGCACUUGAAUAUGGAAUGCAGAGUAAAGAAUUUUUCUCCACAAGAAGUUACUAAGCCAACUGUGAAUUUAACACCAAAGAGCACUACUCACUCUCAGGGUAUAAAGUUUGAUAUCAGUGAUACUUUAUUCUGCUCUGGUAAUCAACACAAAGGUUAUGUUUCUAAUUCCAAAGAGGCUGACAAUUGUGAAACUCCACUUAUGCAAUUUCAAUCUGUUGGAGUGGGUCAUCAAGUAAAUCCAGUGGACAUUUCAGCAGAGGAUAGUGCAGUGGAAAAGAGUGUGAUUAACUUCAUUAAUGGAAAAGAUGGAUCAAUGUCAGAGGAAAGGGUUCCAACUACUUCUUGGUCAAAAAUAAUUCAAAAACCUUCAACUUCAAAAACAAAGCCUGCUCCAUUGCAACAAAAGGAGGUUAUAGCAAAGAACAAAGCUCAACAAGUUAACAACAAAUAUAACUUCAGAAAGAAUCAAGGAAAGGGAGUUGUAUUCAUAGCAGAACCUAAAAUAAGUUGCAAUGCAACAUUUUGCAAUAAAUUGAAUCUUCCUGGGAUGCAGAUUAUGGUUAUACACAAUUCAGUGUUAAAUAAGAAAGGCAAUAUUUGGUUGUUUUGGAAUAAGCAUCUUCCUACACCAACAGUUAUAUCAAUGUCAACUCAAAUGAUCACAGUAAAUAUUGGAGGUAAUCUGAUAUCUGGAAUACAUGCUCAUGUUGGAGAAGUGCAAAGAAGAAAUUUAUGGGCUAAAAUGGAGGUAAUCAGUAAAUUAAAUCUUCCUUGGUUAGCUAUUGGAGACUUUAAUGCAUUUCUUACUGCUGAAGAAAAAUCUGGAGGAAUAACACCUAAUACAAGGAAUAUGCUUGAAUUUAACAACUGUCUUGACAAAUGUGAUCUUAUGCAAGCUUCAAAAUCUGGUUGUGAGUAUAGUUGGUCUAAUUGCCAGCAUGGUGCUAAGAGAAUAUUAUGCAAUCUGGAUAAAGCAGUGAUUAACAACUUGUGGAUUCAAAAGUAUGAAGGAUGGAGUUAUAAAGUUGGUUUGAGAAUAGCUUCUGACCAUUCUCCUCUUUUACGUGGUUGUGUUAGAUGUCCCAAGCCAAAGAAUGUACCUCAGAAGUUUCAAAAAAUUUGGAUUGAACAUCCAAACUUCAUGGAAGUUGUUAAGAAGUGUUGGUCUGAACAAGUUCAAGGAGAUCCAACUUUUGUUUUUCAGAGUAAACUCAAGAAGCUAAAAAGGGUGUUAGUAGACUGA